UUCACUAGCCAUGUGGACAGAGGAGGAGGAGGAACGUCGCUCCUGAGUCCACCAGCACAAAACGAUUCCCUCGCGCCCUGUAAACAACUCCGUACCGAUUCUAUUUUUGUCUGUUGUGAUUUUUUUUUAUACAGAACCGCUUUAAAAGGUGUGGCGUGGAAACAAAACUUUAUCCGGUGUCUGUAUAUGAAGGAUUCUUUGCUACAAAGAGGAAAAUACCCGAGUUUUGUUGCUGAUAUAGAAAGAUUUAGCUGUUUUACUGAGAGUUAUGGCCAUGGAGAGAUGUGAAGGAAGCUCCUUGACCUACAAACACACUCACCCGUUUGUUCACGAGGUGAAACUGACUACGGCUCAAAAGAUCCGGAGUAUCAUACUGGGAUGUGUCCUCUUCCCUAUUCGGAUCACACUCGCCACCCUCUUCUUUCUGCUCAUGUGGCCCGUUGCUCGGCUCCGGUUAGCCGGUCUGUCUCGGGAGGAGAGAUCGAAACCUGUCCGAGGCUGGAGACAAUGGUUUUUUCAUCCCAUCGUUGCCUUUCUGAGUCGAUCCGUGUUCUUCUCCAUGGGCUUUUUUUGGAUAAAGGUGAAAGGUCGGCAGGCUACGCAGAAAGAGGCACCGGUGUUGGCUGUUGCACCCCACAGUGGCUUUCUGGACAUGCUGGUACUCAGCAUAGCAGGAUUGCCGACAGUGGUGUCGCGCUCUGAGAACAGCAAUCUGCCGGUGAUUGGGGCACUUUUGGAGUUUAACCAGUCCGUGUUGGUUAGCCGGAAGGAUCCUGAGUCUAGAAAGAAGUGUGUGACUCAAAUCAAAGAAAGACUCACUUCUAAUGGUUACUGGCCUCAGAUGUUAAUGUUCCCUGAAGGAACCACUACAAAUGGUCAAGUCCUUAUCAAAUUCAAGCCUGGUGCUUUCUUGGCAGGUGUUCCAGUUCAGCCAGUGUUACUUCACUACCCUAAUAAAAUAGAUGCUGUGCGCUGGACUUGGAAAGGAGUUUCAUGGCUCCAUUGUCUGUGGUACACCGCGGCUCAGUUCUACAGCAACGUAACUGUGGAGUUUCUGCCAGUCUACAAACCCUCCCAGGAUGAAAAGGAAAACCCUGAUUUAUUUGCUGAUAACGUUCAGAAACUCAUGGCCAAAGCCCUGGGAGUUCUUGCCACAGACUAUAUCAUGGAAGGGCUUUUUCCUGUUACAAAAUUAGGCGGCCUUUCUCUUCCUCUCGAGUGCCCUUCCAGGGAAACGCUGAAAUUACUUAAAAGUCAAGGUUUCAGUAAUGUUCAAGUGGAGACUUUGAUAAACUCAAUGAUUGACAGAUGUCACACACGGCAGUUCACAAUCACUGUUGAUCAACUGACUUCUUUGUUGGGACUCGCAGACAGACAGAUUGCAGCAAAAAUCUGUUCCUUUUACUCCAAGAGCGACACAUUGGAUCUGAGGCAGCUGUGUUUGAGCUUGUGUACGGCUGCAGGACUCCGGACUCCAGAGUCUCUCCUUCACACUGCUUUCCCGCUGUACGACAGUAACGGCGACGGUUUGCUAAGUGCAGAAGACCUCUCUGGGCUCAUGGCAGCGCUGGUGGGAGUUGCUCAACACAGCAUUACAGAGAUGUACACUGAGUUGACCGAUAGAGGACAACCAACUGAGGGUGAGCUGUAUGACCUGCUAAUGACUCAUCCGACAUAUAAGAAGCUUUUUAAAGAAUACUUCGAGCAUGAAGAACUAAGACACGUAGCAGACAGGAAUCACAAUGGCAUUCCCAACGGAAAGACCAGUCGCAAUAACAACGGUAUUCAUAACCCGAAUGGACUGAACAAAAAGUCAGACUAAGAACGAAUUCGUCUGAAGGAUAUUUUAAUAGGACAACUGGGACAUUUAUGAAGUGUACACAGUAUAUCCACAUAGCUUUGGAUUUUUAGCACAGAUUGUACUUUUUUAUUUUUUUUGUUUUAUUUGUGGAUUUGUAAAACGAAAGAUUGUGUGUGCGUUUUAGUAUACAUGUAAAGUUUACAGGGGUGUGCGAUGGACUCUGUGGGGUUUGUUAGUUUUUGUAUUAUUUCUCAUUUUUGUAUUAAUUGUAAACCAAAGUCAUUACUCCACAGUUAAAAGACACUAUACAAUCAGAAGCUUAGUGCCUUGGUACUUUUACUGUUUUUAAAUAUUAGCUGAAGGAUUUUGUUAUGUAUUUUAUAUAUCUAUUUGUGACCCUAAGGACCUAAUACGAAGAAUUACUGUCAAGCUAUUUUACAUUUUAAUAUAUUAUGGUUGUGAAUAAAAAUACAUAAGUGA